CACAGUUCACCGUGAGCGGUGGGCAUUUGAACGAAAUGAACGUUGGUUCGAAGAGACGCUUCCACAUCUCGGGGAGAAUCACUUCAGACAAGCUUUCCGUGUCUCGCAGACGACAUUCCGGUACCUUGUGGAGUCGUGCAGGAUCGCCUUGGAGCGCCAAACGACGAACAUGAGAAAGCCGUUGUCUGUGGAAAAAAGAGUGGCCGUCGGGAUGUAUCGGCUGUGCUCAAGCGCUGAAGACCGAACGAUCGCCCAUCUGUUCGGCAUCGGCCGGUCAACGGUGAACGUCGUAUUUCGGGAGUUUUGUAAGGUUGUCACCGAACAACUUGAAGCAGAGUGGCUUCGAAUGGUCCGGCGCCACGAACUGGAAAAACACGUGAGGGAGUUCUUUUUCUUCACUGGCUUCCCGCAGGCAAUCGGCGCUCUCGAUGGUUGUCACUUUCCUAUAUCCCCGCCAAAGGACAACGCAAUCGAUUACCAUAACUACAAAGGCUGGUACAGUGUAAUACUGCUCGCCCUGGUUGAUCACCAGUACCGGUUCCGGUAUAUCAAUGUUGGAGCUCCCGGCCGAUGCCAUGAUGCCAACGUGUACGGGCGAUCGAAGCUGCACACACUUAUUGAAAGCGGACACCUUGAUUCGCCUGUGAUUAUGAUCGAAGGCGCUGCUAUAACACCACUCAUUCUGUGUGACCAGGCAUUUCCACUGACUGCAACACUGCUUAAGCCCUUCCCAAGUGCAUCACCUGGCACCCCCGAAGCUGCUUGCAAUUAUAACCUUUCCAAAACGAGACGCAUAGUUGAAAACGCAUUUGGACGCCUGAAAGCUCGUUUUCGUUUUGUCAUGAAGAGGCUAGAAUGCAAGUUGCCCAAUGCUAAACAAGCCAUUAGGGCCGCAUGUGUUCUUCACAAUAUCUGUGAGACAUUCAGAGACCCUGUGGAUCCUCAGUGGGAACAAGAUGUGCCUGCAUUUGAUGAACUGUUUCCACAGCCAUCGCGCUCCACCACUCAGUCAAGUGAAACAGGACACAGUGUUCGAGCUGCUCUGGCGCAAUACUUCUGGAGACGUGCUCAACAGGCCACAUGACCAGCAGCAUUGCACCACAGCAGAGAAGCAGUGUGUGUGUGUGUGUGUGUGUACUUCGAAGAGCGUGUGAAUAUGAAAACAAUCAUGCUCAUUGACAGACAUGCAGGCAUUGAACAUUUACUUUUUGCCCAAAUCCCGCAAACACGCCAAAAAUAAAUUUUCACGCUGCGCACUUUC